CCAUUGGUGGCGGCGGUUCUUCCAACGAGAUGCUGGUGUUGAUGUUGGUGGCGGCGGCGACCUUGCGGCUCUGCUUGCUGGCCGGAGCUCAGCAGCUGUGCCGUGUUCACACGGUGAGGACAGGAAAGGUGUUUCACGUCAGUCCGCAAAUUCAAGGGGACCAUCUGUAUUUUGCGUCUAGUUCAGCACGCUUGAUUAAACAUCCUUGCAAGAAAAACAUAGCCCUGUACCUAGGAAGACAAAUUUUUUUCACAAAAGAUAACUUCGAAAGUAGUCUCCUUCCUCUUUCCAUCCCUACAUCAAUGAAGGUCGGCGUGCCAGAAAUAACAUCAGCACACAUCGCUGGCUCAGUACUGCUCUUAGUAGUGAAUCAAAAAGUCUAUAUUUAUGAUUAUGAAGCCAAUUCCUGGAAUGCAUCUAUAGGGAUAGAACACCCUGUUUCACAUAUUUCUGGUGACAAUUGUUGUUAUAGCAGACAUCCGUUUUGUGUGGAUAUAAGUAAUUCCGUGUUUGCUUAUCUGCAUGGAGAUCAGAUAUCUCAGACCACUAUAUACGUCUCUAACUCCCGGGGGUACGAAUUUCAGAAGUUUGCCUAUGAAAGACAGGCAGAACUAGUCGGGUCUUUGGGUGGGGUCUUCUACUUUCACUCCUUGUCACAGGCUGGGCUGCUUCUCAUUGAUCAAGGGAAGGCUAUGUUCAGCUACUCAGAACACCCCCUGAACCGCAGUUUGGGGCUCCCCUUUGACUACAACGGGACCCUUGACAUCCUCAUCACCCCCGGCCAGAAGGGCAUGCUGAUCUUGUGGUUUGAGAGGAGCCUGUUGGUUUCUGGAAACGCGGGUCAGUUCGUCGACACUGUACACGUGAAUGAAGAACCCUAUGUCUUGUACUCCUCUGUGUCCGAGGCCAGCAUCACCAUCCACAGCAUCGCUGCCAAUCAGAACGAGCUGGCAGUUUUAACUCAAGAGAACAAUUUGUAUUAUGGCAGCCUUGGAAUCCUGCCGAGCCAUCUAGUCAAAUUUUCAGGCCAAAACAUCUGGUCCCAAGAGGCAGCCCUGAUGUUCAAUGAUGUGGGGAGGCUGGAAAUAUUGACCCCGCUCCCCGAUGCGAAGUUUCCAGCCUUUGAUUUCCAGAAGUGCCCUUUGAAUAUUCAGGCAAUUCUCAUGGAUCCCAAACUCCACGUUGACCUUUGCAAAGUCGAGCUUCUACAGGGAGAAUUUGACAACAAGAUGUACAUCAUCGACAUGAACAGCAACCUGGAGCUGACGGCGCUCAUGAUAUCACGGCCCGGCACGUCGCCUGUCCCGCUGGCAAUGGUGAGCAACCCCCACUCCCUGGGGCUGCAGGUCAUCAUCUAUGAGGAUGGCUACACCUACGACGGAAAUACCAAGCACAGGCUGAACAUUUCCCUGAGGCAGCAGCACCACUGGGGCACAGCCGACCCCAACUUCACCUCCAGCAUAAAGAGACCCACAGUAUCUACCAUCACUCUGGACGUAGCCAACAAGGAAGUUUCAUGUGUGGACCUCAAGCCACUGACGGCACUCAUCUCAGUGGGCUGUGACCAGGGGAAAAAGAUCGUCAUUCAAAACGAAAUCUCGGCCUGUCACAAGGGCAUCCUGGAUCCCGUGGGCCUUCAGGACAACUACAGCUACGUCAUCGAGAAGGAAGCGUAUGACCCCAACUUCCAGGGACAGAUGUCCCACGAAGACCUGGUGGUUUACUACCGGUACGAGAAGCUGGGCUGCCCGCACCUCGUCUACUACAACACCCCCUGGAGGCCGGUGGUGGAACUGUGGCGGGAAGGAAAGUUCCAGGAGGUGACGACGGCGGAGUUCGUCCUGCUGGAGGUGAACGGGCUGUUCACGUACACGUACUCCCUGACCGCCCGCACGGCGCUCUGCAGGUCCCAGCCGCAGAACUGGACCACGGUCAUGGACAGCGCAGGCAACACAAAGCCCUUCCCCUGGGACCGAGAGAACUACAUCAGCUGCCAUGACCUCAACGAUGACGCCCCUUUGAAGUGGCCAGAUGUCCCGUAUCAGAUCCUGGGAGGCCCAACAGCAAACAAGGUUAUUUUUGAGCAAAGGAAUGGGAUCUACAUCUUCUUCCUUUCUAUCGUGGAUCCGUACUACAGCUACUGUCACCUGGAAACCACCUUCAGUGUCUACGUCUACGGGGCCUUGCCCCUGUCCAUCAUCCCCAAGACGGUCACCGUCAUCCCGCUCAUAAUGGCCAUCCUGCUGUCCGUGUGGUUGGCCCACAUGGUCCCCAAGCUGCUGCACACCAAGAAGGGCCUCAGGCUCAAGGAGUUCUGGGUCAGUCUGUGCCGGAGAUGCAGACGGCUCUGCACGUUUUCCCGAGGCAGACGCUGAGCGCACACCAGCGGGGCCGAGUUGUCCUGAAAUAAAGCGUUCUGGAAAAAAGGCAGCGGCA